AUGUCCGUCAGCCACCUCGACCAGAUCAAAAGCCGAUACGGCUUCAAGGAAUUGAAAGUCGCCACCUGGAAAGACCCCAAGUUGAGCGUGCAUCCCUUUCGAGGAGGACCGAAGCCGGCUUCUGUUUCGCCGGAGAGUGUUUCGAGGGCUUUUGCGCCGACGUAUAAGGUCCGGAUUGCGAGACCGCCACCGCCGCCUGAGCCGACGGAUGAUGAGGACUCGGGGGAGGAUGAGCAUGAUGGGGGAGAUGUGGGAGGGGUGGAGGCGAAGGGAGAGGCUCCAGUGGACUCACCUCUUGAAUCUGGGGAUGCCCCCCCUGAGGCAGAGCCAGCGCCUGUGGUAGAGGAAGCAGCACCUUCUGCCCCUGAUGUUGAAUCAGAAGCUCCGGCGCCAUCGGCAGAAUCUCCAGUCAAAGAGGAAGCACCGCCUGAAGCAGAUUCAGCCCCUGAAGCGGCCCCGGUCGACGAAACUCCUCCAGCUGAUGCAUCGCCCGAAGCAGCGAGCGAACAAAAAGCACCUGAAGCUGAACCAGAACAGGCUGAUGGAGCAGCUGAACCGGCAGCGGAGCCAGAGAAAAGUCUACCUAAGUCAGAUGAACCUGCGGCAGAAGAGCCAGUGCCACCACCUCCAGCACCUGAGCCUCCGCAAGCAGAACCACACGACGAAGACAUUGUCGAAGUGAUCGAAGGCCCACUGGAUGACGAACCCAUAGUAGAUGUCGCUCACGAUGCACCACCGCCACUGCCGCUCGCCGAAGACGCCUUCCUCGACAUCCCUCCAUCAGCCCCUGAACCACCAUCAGACAACGCCGAGAAUGUGAUAGAAGUCGAGAUCCCUCCGGAAGCAGGCGAGAAGAGUCCCAAAAUCGUGCAGUUCGCGCCUGGCACUCCAGAGCCCAAGCCAACGCAUCGGAAGAAGAAGAGUGCGAAAGGCACGAAGACAAAGAAGAAGAAGACGUUCAUUCCGAUCGAUGAGGGAGACUUACCGCCGGAGAUUGCCGCUGCUCUCGACGCGCCUCCACUGCAGCCUAUUGAAGAGCCUGCAGCACCUGAGGCUGUAGUGGUGGACGAAUCUGCUCCAGCACCUGCUGAACCAGAAGCUGGGCCAGUGGAAGAAGCGACGCCUGAGAUCGUUGCCGGUGAGCCUGAAGUCUCAGCGGAGAGUGUUCCAGAUGCUCCGGAGGCCAAGGAUAAACCAGCAACUGAAGCUGUGGAAGACCAGUCUAUAGAGCCUGCUGAUGUCCCAUCAGAAGAGCCCCCAGCCGAGCCACUUGCCGUCGAAGUCAUCAACGAAGAGCCACCACCUGCUGAAGAUGAGCCCGCUGUGGAAGAAAAGCCAAAGAAGAAAAAGAGGAGUUCGAAGAAAUCUUCCAAGGAGAGUUCUCGAACUCGAGAAGAGCCAGCACCCGUGGUCGUUGUCGAAGAGCCACCAGCGCCUAUCGAGGAAGCACCCAAAUCCAAGUCCAAGGACGAGAAGAAAAAGAAGUCUUCAAAGAGCAAACCCAAAGAAAGCGAAAUGCCUCCAAUGCCAAUCAUCCCAGCCGGUCUUGGGAUCGACUUCAGUGACUUACCGCCGCCGCCGCCUCCAGGACUGGAUCUCCCACCAGAACUCGUACUAGACCUCCCUCCACCACCACCACCAGCAGUCGACACACCAGAAGAGCAGCCCGAAGCGACAACAGAAGACACCACAAAGCAAGAUGACGCAGCGCUCGCAGCGGCAGAACCACCUGUCAACGUGGAUGCAGAUGCGGAUGCAGCGAGCCAACACGAUCCGUCAGCAGACGCGCAGCCGGUCCUCGCCGAUUCGGUGGCCGAUGCCCCGGUCGAACUCAAUGGUGCAGGUGCUGAGGGAGAUAUUAGCGAUGCGGCUGCCCCUGAUGGUGAAGCUCUUUCUGAAGCUGUUCCUGCCCCUGAGAGCGCUGAGAAGGCCGUCGUGGAUGUAGAGCCUGCUGUUGCUGGCGAGGAGUCACGUGACGUUGAGGAGGAUAUGAAGGAGGAGCACGUUGAAGAGGUGGGAGGACAUGAUGAGCUUGAUGAUGGGGAAUUCGAUGACGAUGGCGUUUCGGAGGCGCCGGAUAGUGCUGUUGAAAUGGAAGAUGUGAAGGAUAUCGAAGAAGUGGUGUUGGAAGACUUGCCGGCGGACGAACCUGAUCGGGACGGAGAGGAAGGCGAAGCUGAAGAGGCCAAGGAGGCCACAGGCGAUGCACCUACGGAGAUUGAUGGACAGUCCAAAGAGCCAACAGAGGAGGUUGGUGAAGCGUGGGCGCCCAUCGAAGACGACAUCCCUCCCGAAGAUGAAUCUGCUGAUCUCGACGCGGCUGACGCGGAUGAGGACGAGCUGACCCCAGAAGACUCCAUCAGCCAAGCCGCCAUCCCGGACGCCGUCAGUGAAGUGAUCGAAGAAGGGUCGAAACCAGAAGAGCCGAAAAGUGCUCCCGAGGCUGCAGAAACCAAAGCUGAGGCCUCGCUCGAGGCGGCUAGCGACGAGGCUGAAACGCCUGCAGAGGAACCGUCGCCUGCGGAAGCUGAAGCUGCUGUUGCUGAAGCCACAGAGGCCGCAAUCGAAGAGACGGCAGCUCCAAAUGAACCAGAAGAUUCAUCUGCUCCAGGAGGUGAAGAUAGUUCGAAGGACGGCGAAGCUGAGCCUGAAGCUGCAAAGGAGGCACCAGCAACGGAACCAGCUGUUGCAGAUGCCGAAGAAGCUGAGAAAGCAGUAGAUGAAGGCCCUUCCAAAGACGCCGCGCCAGAUGCCCCUGCAGAACCUGAGCCAGCGAAGGAAGAGGCGGUCAUCGAGGAGGCUGCUCCUGAACCGGUCGAGGCAGCUCCCGAAUCAGCGGAGUCAGCGCCAGAGCCUGCAGUCGCCGAAGCUCAGCCUGUUGAAGAGACAAAAGAAGUUGUUGAGGAGGCUGUAGCCGACGCAGGUGACGAACCUGCUGCAGGGGAGCCGCCAGCCGCCGAGCCCGUGGAAGAAACGGCGCCUGCGGUGGAAGAACCCGAAGCCGUUACUGACGCUCCAGCACCGGUGCCAGAUCUCGUGGAGGAGCCAGCAGCAGUCCCUGAAGCAGCCCCGGAAGUAGCCCCGGAAGCACCUGCAGAGGCUAUAGAGGAAGCAGAGAAGGCCAUAACUGAGGAGGUGUCUCUCGGUGCAGGCGAAGAACCAGACGCUAUCCCAGAACCACCACCAUCUCCACACCUCAGCAAAGGCAGCGGGAGCAAAGGCCAUUGGGAGAGGUCGCACAAGAAGCGUAGCUCGGGUGAUUCGAAGAAGUCUUCUGACAAGUCGCGGUCUGCCAAGAGGAGUUCCCGCGAGAAGGACGAGAUUCGCGCUCGCGAGCGAGGGCACAAACCGGCACGUGUUUCGUUGACCGCAGACGAGCUUGCGAGACGUCACAAGAGAAGUGAGGAACGCAAAGCGGCCGAACGGGCUCGAAUCGCGGAGGAAGAACGACUCCUGGCCGAAGAAGCGGAGUUACGACGAAUUCGCCACGAAGCUCGGCGAGCAGCAAGGAAGGCUGCAGCAGAGGAGGCCACUCGAUUGGCGAAGGAAGAAGCAGAGGCUGUUGCUCGAAAGGAGGCUGAGAAACGAAGACGCCGCCGGGAAGAGCGUCCGUCGUCCAGACGAGACAGCAAGUCAUCUUCUUCCAUCCCCAAGGUACUCGGCUUCUCGCUGGGAGACUCGAUCAAAUCCAACAGCGUGCGAGCGAGCAACUACAGCAGCUCCAAGCCAUCGAGCCGAGAGAGCAGGGCCAUCAGAGAAGAACGUCCGGUCCGCGAAGAGGAACCCGAAGCCGGACCAUCUUCCAGCGCCCACGGCGGCAGUCGAGAAGAAGGGAGUUCCUCGCAUCAUCGUAGGAGACGACAUCAUCGAUCGGAAGCGGAGCGACCGUCUGAAGGCAGAAGGAGGGACAGCCAUCGUGACAAGGGCGAGAGGAGGAGCAGCAAGAGGUCUUCUACGCAGCCGGAGUCGCGGCCCAAAUCGUUUUUUGGGUCGUUGUUGAAGGGAUUUUGA